AUGGAACCCUUGGAAGUAGACAAUGAUCACCCUUGCGUAGGGGGGAAACCGAGGCCUCAGGAGCCUGGCCCAAGGUCAGGUCCCUGCCCCAGGUGGGUGACAGUGGGUGACGAUCGUCUGUCUCUCCUCCUGCAGCUGAUCCAGAACCGGGCCCACCUCUACAACCUCCUGCUGCUCAAGAUCAUCCUUUUCAACCACUGGGUCUCAGGGCUGGCGCAGGAGGCCCACCCACCCCUGGGGGCUGCAGUCUGCCCCGUGGGCCGGGCUCUACGUGCUGGACUGGCACUGAUAGAGAUACCUGUGUGGCUGGUGCUGUGGGUACCCAGGCUGGUGUGGGGCAGUGUGCUGGGCUGUGCCCGGGCCUCGGGCCUGUCCCCGUGGUGUCUAGAUGCCUGGGAGCAGCUGGGCCUGUCUGUGGCCACCUGGAUGGACCUGCUUAUGUCAUGUCUGCACAGCCUGAUGUUGGUGGCCUUGUUGGUGCUGCUGCUGGUCUGGAGACUCUGCCGGGUCGCCCACCGAUUCAGCCUGGGCCAGCUGCGCAGCAAGGCCCUGCUGGAGAACCACAUGGUGCUGGAGCUCCUGGCACCGCUGAAGCUUCUGUACUGGUGGGUGGAGAGCACCGCAGGGCUCGCCUCCUGGUACCUGGCCUACUUUGUCACCUGGACCACCUGCCUGGCCUCCCACUUACUACAGGGUGCCUUUGAGCACACGGCCCAGUUGGCCCAGGAGGCUGAACCCCAGGAGGCCUCAUGGAUCUUGCCUGAGUCCCCACUCCCUGACUCGCUGACCCCUGAGGCUGGAUCAGCCCUGCCAGAGCCUGAAAGCCCUGGAGAAUAAACGUGCCCCCACCUGCCUCUCCUGGUGUGGCCUGGCCUCGGGUCUCACUGUCCUUCCCUGCUGGCUGGAGGCAUGUUGUGUGUGUGUAC